AUGGCCAAGCCGGAGCCGACUCCCACCUCAGACUCCCCGCGUCCCUGCGCAAGAUGCAAGACGAACCCCGCCACCGUCAAGCUAAGGACCGAAUCCACAUGCCCAACAUGUUUCCAAUCCUUCACUCAUAAUAAGGCUGUCAAGAGACUAGGCCUCCUCCGUAAGGAGCUCGUCGGACCCCGCGAGAAGCGUACAUGUCGCUACCUCGCCGGACUCUCCUUCGGGCCCUCAUCGACGGCGCUCGUUCAGAUAUUAGAUGAGAACCUCAAGUAUGUCCGCGCGAGGGCGAACCCUAAUUCCCCGGUCGCGUACGAAUUGAUCGUAGCCCACGUCGACACAGACCUCAGACCUCACCCCGCCAAGGGCUCUAAUGGUGAUGCCCAAACAAACGGCUCUCCUGCUACGGCGCUGCUACAAAGGUAUCGCGAGAAGUUCCCAGAGAUAGACUUCCGCCUCAUCCCCCUAAGCUCCGCCUUCUACAUAUCCUCCAUAGACUGGCCCUCCCUCCCCUCCACGGACCCCACCUUAGAUCCCCAGUCCCGCAUGCAAUCCCUCUUCGACGCACUUCCCUCCGUAACCUCCAAAGCCGACAUCCUCCGUCUCUUUCUCCGCCGCAUCCUCCUCUCCUUCGCCGUGGAGAACUCGUGCGAGGCCCUCUUACUGGGCUGCACGACCACCGCCCUGGCUGAACUCACCCUCGCCGAGGUCGCCAAGGGAAGAGGCUUCUCCGUCCCCUGGCAGAUCAACGACGGUCCCUUCCCCCUUCUUGGAUCCGAACAGGGAGCUCCCAGGAGUAUGCAAGUUUACUAUCCCUUACGAGACGUCUUCCGCAACGAGAUUCAUACGUACCUCCGUUUCGCCGACCCGUCGCUGUCGGAUAUUAUCGUGUCGAACCCACCCGCCUCGGCGGAUGUGGUCUCCCACAAGGAUCUUAGCAUCGAGGAGGCGAUGGUUCGCUACUUUGAGAGCGUCGAGGAGGGGUACCCCGCUGUGGUUGCGAAUGUGGUUCGCACCACGGGUAGACUCGCGCGGGCUGGGAUGAGUGGAGGCGGAGGGGGCACAGCGUGUAGGCUGUGCGGUGUGGCGGUUGAUGAGAGCGGGGAUGCGAGGUGGAAGGGCGAGAUAGGAGUUGGGCCAGAGGAAGAUGGCGGAGACUCGAAGCUUUGUUACGGGUGCGAGAGGUCUAUUCGUGGGUAG